AAAAAAUAACAGUGGUUACUCAAUCCCCAUGACGUCACAUUCAGCUGAUCCACAAGGAAGUAAACUGAUCGAGGCGAAGAUAGUAUCCUUUGAGGAACAUCUCCCAAGAUGGCCUCCCUCGUCUGCACUUUACAAGACCACCAAGACGAUGUCAACUGGUGUGCCUUCUCCACCAAGCUGUUGGCCACGUGCUCCGGAGACAAGACUAUCAGGAUCUACAACACCAGCGACUUCUCAGAGCUGCCCUUCUCCCCGCUGUCAGGACACGGCUACAGCGUUCACUGCUGCUGCUUUAGUGCCUGUGGGCAGUUUCUUGCCUCCUGCUCCACAGAUGCCACAACGAUGGUCUGGUCGAUGACCACGGGGGACAUCGAGGCCGUCCUGGAGCAUCCGGGCCGCAGUCCUGUCAGGAUCUGUGCCAUAUCUCCUGACUCCGUGCACCUAGUUUCUGGUGCAUCUGAUGGAACUUUGGCUCUCUGGGAUUUUCCAUCCAAACAACUACGCAGGACCACCGCUGUGAGCGACACCACAAUGGUAGCUUGCUCCUUCAGCCCCUGCAGUCAGAUGUUUGUGAGCGGCUCCACCUACGGAGACCUGCGACUGUGGGACCUGAACGUGAACCAGCUGCACGCAGAGAAGAACGCACAUGACCUGGGGGUGUCAAGCUGUGCUUUUGCUCCCAGCAUCCUCAGUGGGGGUCAGGUGGUUCAGUUCAGAGUAGCAUCCUGUGGACAAGACUGUCUCCUGAAGAUAUGGGCCAUUUCCAAGUUCAGCUCUGGAGCUUGUAAGAUGCAGCUUCUGCACAUAUUAAGCGACCAAUCAGCUCCGGUCCUCUGCUGUGCAUACUCCUCGGAUGGACAGUUGCUCGUAUCUGGUUCUGUUGACAAAAGCGUUACAAUAUAUGAUGCAACUAAUGCAGUUUUACUUCACAAGCUAAACCAACAUGCCAGGUAUGUGACAGCAUGCGCCUGCUCUGCAACAUCGCCACUGAUCGCAACAGGAUCCAUGGAUAAAAGCGUCAACAUAUGGAGGCUGGAAAAUGGAUGUGAUUCCUGGCAGAAAGGGGGAAAAUCUUUACCUCAAGAAACUGCACAGAUGUCAAACAACGGGAGAGCCUCAGCGGGACGAUCAAAGCUGCUGGUCGCCGAUUGGUCAGAGGAGGAUGUGUCAGAGUGGCUGGUGGAGGAGGGCCUCCAGGGAUUGGUGGACAAAUUCAGGACCAACAACAUAGAUGGGACAGAGCUACUCAGCCUCACCAAGGAAACGCUGGCGUCAGAGCUGCACAUAGAGUCGGUGGGGCUGCGCAGCAAAGUCCUAAGGAAGGUGGAGGAACUGAAGAGCGAUUCCGUCUGUUCUGGCGUCCCCGAUGAGUUCACGUGUCCCAUCACCAGAGAGCUGAUGAGGGAGCCCGUCAUCGCUGCAGAUGGUUACUCCUAUGAGAGAGAGGCCAUCGAGAGCUGGAUCCACACCAAGAACCGUACCAGCCCCAUGACCAACCUGCCUUUACUGACCACCCUGCUCACCCCAAACCACACUCUCAAAAUGGCUAUCGGCCGCUGGAGGACCAGCCACUAGCAUCCAGGACGGCUCGGUCCUUCCCACUCAAGAAACAAAAGCUGGCAUCUUAAUCCGACAGUACAGCUGUUCCAUCCGGACCCCUGAGAUCUGCCAUUCUGUUUGUUUUCCAGCUAUCCCUACCCUACUCACUAUUUUUUAAAUAUAUUUACCUGAAUCUCCUGGUUUCAGUCAUUUAAAACCUGAACUCACCUUAUCCAGGUAACCAGGGCCGGGCGGGCCCGUCCUGCAGCAUUUCAGAGCUCUGACUGAAGAAUCCACCUGCUACUGUGUAACACUUUCUGAUGGUUAUGCUGGUAGUCUGCGUUUUACCCCCCACUCUGUGGGCCAACAUCUAACUCUAGAGCUACGAACACACUGGGCAUGUGAACACGUGUUUAGCCCAUGGUGCUCACGCUGGACCAGCAGGAAGGGGCCUCUUCUUCUUGUUCUUUUCUACUGUUUACUAGCGCAUGUCCGCCACCUACAGUUGGAAGAGACUUGGCGUUAAAUGUCGACGCGGUGCAAAUCUCGUGAAUCUUGCUCCAGGCCUUUUCUUUCACAGCUCUGUUUCAAUAUAUGAAAGACUCGGUGCCGUAUCAUUCCGGCCGAGUACAAACCGCAAUUAUUGACUUCUCCUCUGUGAUCAUUUUUCAAAGGGUUUUCAUUUCUGCAAAUUAAAAGGGAUGUCAUCCAUAAAUCACAGCAAAGUCGGAGUCCCUGAUUGGUCAAAGUUCGAUCUGGUUUAACCAGCAAACUGUGUUCAAUGGCCAAACGUUUUGUAUGUAGAGCUCGAAAACAGUCUUAAAAAUGGGCGGAGCUACGUGUGAACGUGAGAGUUUUGAACACAGAAAAUCAUGCAUUUAUACGCUAGCCCAAAUCCAGUCCUCGAGUGCCGUGUCUUAUAUGUUCUCCAACCAUCCUGCCAUUGAAGCUCCUUCUUGGCUAAACACACCUGAUACAGGUAAUCAGCAGCAGAUGAGGUAGGAUUUCUGGAAAACUAGCAGGAAGCCGGCCCUCAAGGCCUGGAUUUGGGCACCCAUGACAUUGACAUUUCAUUAAAAGUGGCUGCUUAAACGCGCGUUGCCGAGGGCGGUGUGAAGGUAACUUAAACCAUGACAGAAAAUCUUUUAACAAAUGUCAGUCUUUAUCUUGAGUUGACUUUCUUUUUUUCAUUUCUUUAACGUUUCUAUCUGCUGCUUUUGAUUGCUCUUGUGGCCUUUAAUCAAUAUUUCUGUGUAACACUGCAAAAGAAGUCGAUGUACAAACGCAUUUCUUCAUUAAUAUUUUUUAUUAAACCACAAUAAUAAUGUGGUAACAUUCUGAAUAGCAUAGUAUGACUCUGAAAAGGGUAUAUGAGAUCUAUGGGCAUAUAGCAAUGUAAGAAGAUUCUUUAAAGUUUUCUUUUUCAUCCUUCACUUUAUAAGGCUCUCUUUGUAUCUACAUAAACAUUUCAUCUGGAUAUGUUAUCUGCUAUGCAAAAAUAAAUAACAUACUGCA